CUUUCCCUCUCCCAGUUCCUCGGCUGGCCGCUUGUCCUCUCGCGGGCCCGGCAGCGUUUCUCCGGAGCGGCCCCGCGAUGGCAGUGGCGGCGGCGGCGGCGUGGCGAGCGCUGCGGCGGGUGGGCCUCAGCGGGCCGCCUCGCGCCUUUCGGGUCGGUUCGCCCCUCGCUGGGCCCACCCGUAGAUUCACAGACAAGCAUGAAUGGAUAGCUGUUGAGAACAGUAUCGGGACAGUAGGGAUCAGCAAUUUUGCACAGGAAGCAUUAGGAGAUGUUGUCUAUUGUAGCCUACCAGAAAUUGGAACCAAGUUGAACAAACAGGAUGAGUUUGGCGCUUUGGAAAGCGUGAAGGCUGCUAGUGAACUUUAUUCCCCUCUCACUGGAGAAGUAACAGAAAUUAACACGGCCCUUGCAGAUAAUCCAGGACUUGUCAACAAAUCUUGUUAUCAGGAUGGUUGGCUUAUCAAGAUGACUGUGGACAACCCUUCAGAACUUGAUGAACUAAUGAGUGAAGAUGCCUAUGAGAAAUACAUAAAAUCAAUGGAAGAAUGACCUGAGUAUGAGCCACUUACUUCAGUGUAGAUUGUCUUAAAUUAGCAGUAUACAGAAGGUCCGGCUGUGAGCAGCUUGUGGAGGAGAUUCUCAAGGAAAAUGUGCUGCCUUUGAAUCAAGUUUGUGCCGAUUUCUGGACUGUCCAGAAGUGACUGCCAAUCAGAACAGUUGCAACUUUUUUGCACACCUUCUACUAGUCGAUGUGGUUUGUUUUGUGUAUAUGUAUUUUUCUAGCGUAAUAAGCAUAAUUAUAUGCUGUCAAAGUUUGAAGUUCAUAAUUGCAUCUGGAGUAGAAUAACCUUUGUUCCUAAAAUAAACCCAAACUUUGAUAAAGUAGAAUUGUAACAUGCAACAGCCUUAAUUCAGAACUGUUUUCUCUCAGCUCUAAAUUAUCCUCCUCCACCCUCCACCUCCGUACGUCAGUCUUCUUUCAUCCAGGUAUUGUCAUAUGGAAGCAGAACCACUCUUCAUGUUUUCCGUUGAAACAGUUGAGAUGCGGCCAUUUUUGUGCAGAUAAGGCAUGUAGUGCCUUGCCAUGGAACAGAUAACAGAAGUUAAUAAAAAAUCCUGACUU